UUUGCGUUUCUGACGCACUGUUUUUAUUUUGUCCAAACGUGUAUCAGUGAUCACAGAUGAUAUCGUUAUCAAGUUACCAUGUAUCUAUUUUACAAGAAUCUCUGUGGUAAAGCGAAAUAUUUGGAAUCGGAAAGUUUUUCAGCAGUGUCGCUGAAAUCUGAAAUAUGCCGGUCAGAGAACAUUACUGAUCAAGAUCAUAUCUACCUGACAUCCAAUGGUAAACUUAUUAGAGAUGACACACCUAUCACAUCAGGCAAUGUCUUCGUCGUUUGGGCUCGUCUCCCUGGUGGAAAAGGUGGCUUUGGUUCCAUGCUUCGGGCAAUUGGUGCACAGAUAGAGAAAACAACCAAUCGCGAGGCUUGCAGGGAUCUUAGUGGUCGUCGCUUGAGAGAUAUCAAUCAGGAGAAGCGAAUUAAGGACUGGGUUGGCAAGCAGCAUGAGCGAGAUCGCGAGCAACAGGAGAGGAGGAAGCAACGACUGGAGCGACUGAUGCAGCCGCCGAAACACAACUUCAGCGAUCCCGACUACGAGAAGAACCGCAGCGCCAUCUCUGGCGAUGUCGACGAAGCCCUACAACAGGGCAUGCAGAGCGCCUCGACCUCGGGAGGAGCCGGGGCGCACAAGCGAGGCGCGGAGGCCGUGCCGACGCAGAGAAAGAAGCCCAAAAUGUGGCUCGGUGAAGACCUGGAGUUGGAUAGCAGUGAGGAGGAGGAAGAAGCUGACGGGACGUCGCGUGACGGUCGGUCGCCCGAACGUGUCGGCGGUUGUGAGGAUGGAAAUGCAGGUGGCAGCACUCGCAUGGAGGAGAGCGAGGGUCAGGAAAGCACAGACAGAGUCACUGCAGACUCUCAUAGCAGUUGUUCUACCAGUGAGGUGGUGCUGUCAGCAGAGUCUGUACAGAAAGAGCUAGACUCGCAGGGUGACACCUCUACUUCAGAAGAUAUCAAUGAAGAAAGUCGUUGUGGCAAAGAUGCGACGUUGGUGGAGGCGGAGAGUUCACAGGAAGCCCAACAGCAGGCGAGCAAACCGCCACACGUAGAUGAUGAGCAACCCACCUCACCCGAGACCGGUCUGCUCGCCGCGCUCUCUGCUGUUCCACCACGGCAGCAGACGCCCCCACGCUCUCCCGCUGGAUUAGAAUCGGAAGCAGGUCGCGAUCCCGUAGACCUGGAUUCGUAUGACGAAGCGACACAGCUGGAGAUGCUCGGUCUGGAUGUUCUGAAGGAGGAGUUGAUGUCGCGUGGGAUGAAGUGUGGAGGCACGCUGCAGCAGCGCGCACAGCGCCUGUUUGCGGCGCGAGGGCUCAGCGAUGAUCAAAUUGACCCCUCGAUGCGGGCAAAGCCUUCUAAAGGGAAGAGGAACUGAUGAAAUAGAAGCUCUGUACGGCAAGGGUAAACGGAUGAUCGAGUAAAAUGGUGGGAAGGAGAAUUUAAGCGUAGAGCUGCUCCUUAUGAUAGAAGAUGAAAACAUGUAGGCUGAAUUUACUUGAGAGGAAGAGGAACUGAUCAAAGAGACAACUGAUCUUUGUUUUACUCAAUGUACUUGGUUUUACUAUGGAGUGGUUUAUAAUAAUUUCUUAAAACAGAAACUUGUACAGUUUAAUCGAGUUAUACUGGUUUUUGUCAACCUGUACAAACUUCCAGUUGGUAUUUCACUUGGUGAUAUCUGUGGAGUUUGGUCUCAACCCUCACGCAGUAUUCUGUCAGAAAUUCUUGGUUAUUGCCCAAAGACUACAAUAUUGCAUUCAUGUGUUUUAAAAGAUUAUAUCAUGAGCUAAUAAUACUAGUAACAGUAUUAUUAGCUCUUGAUUAAAUGCAAAGUCUUAUAAAUAACUUGUAGAUAGUUUUCAAUGCACUGCCUGUCGAUACUAUCAUUUAUCUUACAGUAUAUGCAGGUUAGGGCUUUUUAUUUGUAUCCUAGCAUGCUGGGUAUCAUUUAAUCUGUUCUAGACUUUCUUGAGGGAACACUUUGCUCAUGCAUGUAUUUGUGUUUCGUAUUUUAGGUUGAGAUACUGAAUGACGAAUAGCUGAAUAACAAAUGUAAUUCAGAUUGUGGAAUAAAAUUGUUCAUUGAAACCUGUA